GAGGAGGAGGAGGUGGUGGGGAUGGAGAUGGAGAUGGAGAUGGAGAUGGAGAUGGAGAUGGAGAUGGAGAUGGAGAUGGAGAUGGACAUAUUUAUUACUGAUCUGUCCGCUCUGUCGAAAUCACCAAGUUCACUGAUUACUUCGGAAGAGAUCACUGUCCCACCAAGUCUUCCAAUCUCUCGCCAAAAGAGUGGCAGUACCUGAGUUCCCGUAAAUGGAACCGCAACAGGCAGCCAGGCAGCAGAAGACGGUUACAAAACGACAAUCGCUCGACAUUCGCAGAAUCGGCUACGAAGAUGAUCAUUUUGUACAACAACCGAUAUGGCCGUGACCGCUAUGUUUGCACCCAUAUCCAAUGAAGCCAGUGCAGUCAAACUCUUCGCAACUGCUGCUAUCGCGGUACACCGCAUAGCUGCAACCGCAAGUCUUGUAUGCCGCCUCCGUUACGGUUGACAGGAGGGCUAGGAAGCAUAUCCAUAGGUAGGACUUCAUCGUAAAGAAAGUGUUUGCGAGAAGGUCGACGAGUAGGAUAGCGGGGUUGAGGAGGAAGUAUCUUAGAUUGUAGAGGGGGAGAGAAAGGCCUGCUUAUUAUUGGUUUCGGUGAGAGAGUACUCGUGUAAGGCGCAGUAGUCUUUAUAAUACGAGUACGAAUUUUCGACCUUCAUUCGACAGCAACGACGUCGACGAGCCGAGCUACAAACUUGACUGUGCAGGAC